AUGGCGACGCCCGCUCAGCAACUUCCUCCAGGAUGGGUCGCGGAAUGGGAUCCCAACGCACAGCGUUACCUCUUCAUUGAGUCCGCAACCGGCCAGACCCAGUGGGAACUCCCCGGAGCUCCAGGCGCCCCCAAUCCCGCUGGCUCACCCCCGCCGGGCUCGCACCAUCACACAAAACGGCGCCAAUACGCGGCUGGUCAAACUCAGGCAUACUACGGCACGGAGGGAGGCGGCGGCGGCUAUCAAGAGCCCGCAGGAUACGGCGCUGUUCCCGUCGCGGGCACACCCAUUCCAGGCCAGCCCCCCGUGCACCCUGCGUACGCGUCGCCCCCAGCGCCAGGCGGUCAGCUCUUCACUCCCGGGUUAUCGGGCGAGGCGCCCGUGCCUGUCGCCCAGCCCUCGUAUUUCGCACCGCCCCAGGAUGGCGCGCCGUCGAUGAUCAGCCCUGCGGACCAGUUUGCGUACCCGCAGGGCGCGCCAGCUGCAGCCGCGCCGCCAGGCGUCGCGGGACUCACCAGCCAGUUCGGCCAGAUGGGCCUCGGCGGCGGCGACGCGUACAAGCCCUUCCAGCUCUACACCACGAAUCUGCUAACCUCGCCGCCUGACGCGCGUGACCUCGUUCGUCCACCUCCCGAGAUUCGUCUUCCUCCCAAUGCGAGCGUGUCCCCCUCGCCGCUCGCCAAUGCCGACGCGUCAUACCAGCGUAGCACGAUCAACGCGAUCCCAACAUCGUCCUCCCUGCUCGCCAAGUCAAAGCUGCCCUUCGGCCUCGUCCUUACGCCGUACCGUUCGGUCAAGGAGGAUGAAGCCGUGCCGGUUGUGACGGACACGAUCAUCGCGCGUUGUCGUCGCUGCCGGACCUACAUCAACCCUUACGUGCAGUUCAUCGACGGCGGGAACCGCUGGCGCUGCUGCAUGUGCAACAUGUCGAACGAGGUCCCGCAGCUCUUCGACUGGGAUCAGGUCAGGAAUCAGCCGGGCGACCGUUGGGCGCGCCCUGAGUUGAACUACGGCGUCGUCGAGUAUGUCGCGCCGGCGGACUACAUGAUUCGCCCGCCGCAGCCGCCGACAUACGUCUUCCUGAUCGACGUCAGCCAUCCCGCCGUACAGUCAGGUAUGGUGGCCACCGCCGCGCGCGCGAUCCUCGAGAACCUGGAGCGCAUCCCGGACGAGGAUGGGCGCACGAAGAUCGCCAUCAUCUGCUACGACGUCUCGCUGUACUUCUUCUCUAUGCCGCCUGGAACCACUGACUGUGCCAUGCUCGUCGUCUCUGACACCGACGACGUCUUCUUGCCCAAGCCGACCGACUUGCUCGUCAACCUUGCAGAAGCACGCGCUUCACUUGAGUCCCUCCUGGGCCGUCUGCCCGACAUCUUCGCUGAGAACAGCAUCAUCGGUAGCGCCAUGGGUCCGGGGUUGCAGGCAGCAUACAAGCUGAUGUCUGCAUUCGGUGGCAAGAUCAUCGUACUGUCUGCCAGCUUGCCCAACAUCGGUGCCGGUGCGCUCAAGAACCGGGAGGACCCGAAGAUCUUGGGCACCUCGAAGGAGUCGAGCCUCUUGCAGGCGGCGUCGCCGUUCUAUAAGACAUUUGCUAUCGACUGCUCUCGUGCGCAAAUUACGGUGGACAUGUUCUUGUUCAGCGCAUCAUACCAGGAUGUCGCAAGUCUUGCCUGCCUGCCGCAUUACACUACCGGCCAGACCUUUUACUACCCAUCCUUCAACGCGGCACGGUCAGAAGACGCUGUCAAGUUCGCGCACGAGUUCGGCGCGGUGCUCGCUAUGCCGAUCAUGUUGGAGGCUGUUAUGCGUGUGCGUGCGUCGCGCGGGUUGCGGAUGGCGUCGUUCCACGGCAACUUCUUCGUGCGCUCGACCGACCUGCUUGCGAUGCCGACUGUGCCGCAAGACCAGUCGUACGCGAUCGAGGUGCAGAUUGAAGAGAACAUCUCUUCGCCGUUUGUGGUCUUCCAGACUGCGGUGUUGCAUACUAGCUGCUAUGGCGAGCGCAGAAUUCGUGUCAUUACCACCGCCUUGCCGACGACGUCCAAUUUGUCCGAGCUCUUCGCAUCCGCAGACCAAGUCGCGCUCGCCACGCUCCUCGCCAACAAGGCCGUCGAGCGCACGCUGACGCACAAGCUCGAGGACGCCCGUGAUGGCCUCUUCCAGCGCCUCGUCGACAUCCUCGUCGCCUACCGCAACAGCAUGACCGCGGGCGGCGCGGGCGCGUCCUCGCAGCUUGCGAUCGCGGAGAACAUGAAGAUGCUGCCCGUGCUCGUGCUGGGCUUGCUCAAGAACGUCGGCAUCCGGCAGAGCGCGCAGAUCCCGCCCGAUAUCCGCGCGUACGCGCAGGCGCUGCUGACGUCGCUGCCGAGCCAGCUGUUGAUCCCGUACAUCUACCCGAACUUCUACUCGCUGCACAAUAUGCCGCCAGAGGCGGGCGUCGUGGGCGAGGCGGGGGUGAUGCUGCCGCCGCCGCUGCCGCUGUCGAGCGAGCGGCUGGAGAGGCAUGGGCUGUACUUGAUUGAGGACGGGCAGACGAUGUUCUUGUGGAUCGGGCGGGACGCGGUGCCGCAGCUGGUGAUGGAUGUGUUCAAUCUGCCGAGCUAUGAGGUGUUGAGGGGAGGGAAGACGACCCUGCCGCUGCUCGACAACCCGUUCUCGCAGCGCAUCAACGCGAUCAUCCAGAAGACGCGCGAGAUGCGCCGGGGGCCGUACUACCCGCACCUAUACGUCGUCAAGGAGGACGGAGAGCCCGCGCUAAGGUUGUGGGCGCUGAGCAUGCUCAUCCAGGACCGCGCGGACGUGCUCCCGAGCUACUCGCAGUUCUUGACGUCGAUUCGGGAAAAGGUCAACGGAGGCAGCGGCGGAUACUGA